CGAGUGCCGCGGUGACACUAUCUCAUUCGAGUAUUGGACUAGCUCACGUCAAAGUUUACCUCAAUAGCGUUCCGCUUAAACUUACCGAGACAUGACAAAGAAGUUCGAAUUUAAUUGGCGCAUCGAAGUACCGGAGCUCUUGACGAAGGGCGCGGUAUUCGAUCGAUGGUUCGAAGAUAAAGAGACGACCGAAUACGAGCCGAAUUGCCUAUUCAAAGCCGACGAGUACGGGUUCUUUAUCUAUUGGAAAAGCGACGGCAAGGACGGAGAUGUCAUAGAAUUGGCUCAAGUAAGCGACAUUCGUUACGGAGGCACGCCAAAGGAGCCAAAAUUAUGCAACAAAUUAAGUAAACAUGGAACGUUGGAGCAGUUGGACGAAAAAAGUUUAACUAUAUGUUCUGGAGUAGAUUAUACAAACAUCCAUUAUCAGCAUAUUGUAUGUCCGGAUGCACAAACAGCUAAGGAUUGGCAGAUUGCUUUGCGUUUAAUUACGCAUAACACAAAAGCGUCUAACAUUUGUCCGACGACACAGCUUAUGAAGCAUUGGAUGCGGCUAAGUUUUCAAGUCGAUCCAAAAGGAAAGGUCCCUGUGAAAGUGAUAUCAAAGACUUUUGCAUCUGGAAAGACCGAGAAACUUGUUUAUCAAGGAUUAUCGGAACUGGGUUUGCCCAAUGGAAAGAACGAUAAAAUAGAGCCUGAGGCUUUCACGUUCGAUAAGUUCUACAGUUUGUACUUUAAGAUUUGUCCUAGAAAUGAUAUCGAAGAACUUUUUCAAUCAAUUACAAAAGGAAAAGUCGACACUAUAAAUUUGUUGCAACUCGUGGAAUUUAUGAAUACGAAACAGAGGGAUCCACGGCUCAACGAAAUCUUGUAUCCUUUGUACACUGAGAAGAGAUGCACGGAAAUCAUCAAUGACUACGAGAUGGACGAAAAAAUGAAAGCGGAAAAAAAGUUGACGAAAGAUGGCUUUAUACGGUAUUUAAUGUCGGAUGAAAAUGCGCCGGUGUUUUUAGACAAAUUAGAUGAAUGGAUGGAGAUGGACCAACCGCUCUCACAUUAUUACAUUAAUUCAAGCCACAACACUUACCUCAGCGGUCGCCAAAUCGGUGGCAAGAGCACCGUUGAAAUGUAUCGACAAGUUCUGCUUGCUGGUUGCAGAUGCGUCGAGUUGGAUUGUUGGGAUGGUAAGGGCGAAGACGAGGAGCCCAUCAUAACCCAUGGCAAAGCUAUGUGUACCGACAUCCUCUUCAAGGAUGUGAUCUACGCUAUAAGAGACACUGCAUUUGUCACUACCGAGUAUCCUGUGAUUUUAAGCUUCGAGAAUCAUUGCUGCAUGAAACAGCAAUAUAAGCUGGCAAAAUAUUGCGACGAGAUAUUCGGCGAUCUGUUGCUAAAGGAGCCCCUGAAAGAUUAUCCUCUCGAGCCAGGGUGUCCUCUCCCUCCACCAUGUGAAUUGAAACGCAAGAUAUUAAUAAAGAACAAGCGGUUGAAACCAGAUGUGGAAAAAGUCGAGCUCGAGCUUUUCCGUGCCGGACAAUUCGAAGACAAAGAUGAAGAUGUAGAAGAUGCCAGCGCACCCGCAGUUGCUCCACCUCCGGAGCCGCCAAAGGUUAUUAAUUACAUUAAUGAAUUUUUAGAGAAACGAAAACUAAGUCGUUUUCCCUCUCUCUGGAAAAGUAAAAAAUUUCUGGAAUUGUCUUCGAUAUAUUUGGGCGAGGGAACCGAGGAGGUACAAGUGACUCAAUACACGAGCAGCACUAUGCGGGUUCACCCUUUACUUUCCUCGAUGAUAAACUACGCGCAACCAAUAAAGUUUCAGAGUUUUGAAGCGGCAGAGAGCAAGAAUAUACAUCAUAAUAUGUCUUCGUUUUCCGAGACCGCCGCUCUUAACUAUCUGAAAACUCACUCCGUCGAGUUCGUUAAUUACAACAAGCGGCAAAUGAGUCGAAUAUAUCCAAAGGGCACGAGGGCUGAUUCCUCGAAUUACAUGCCUCAGGUCUUCUGGAACGCUGGCUGCCAGAUGGUAGCUUUGAAUUUCCAAACCCCGGAUCUGCCGAUACAGCUCAAUCAGGGGAAAUUCGAGUACAACGGGACUACGGGCUACCUGCUGAAGCCCGACUUCAUGCGAAGACCUGAUCGAAGCUUCGAUCCUUUUUCCGAGGACGUCGACGGUAUCAUCACCGCGCAAUGCGCGGUUCAAAUCAUAGCCGGACAAUUCUUGUCGGACAAGAAGGUGGGCACGUACGUGGAAGUUGAUAUGUACGGUCUACCGGCAGACACAAUUAAGAAAGAAUUCAGAACACGAAUGGUGCCGGCGAACGGUCUGAAUCCGGUCUACAACGAGGAGCCAUUCUUAUUUCGAAAGGUCGUGCUUCCCGACUUGGCGGUGCUCAGAAUUGGCGUGUAUGAAGAGAAUGGCAAGUUGCUUGGGCAACGAAUCUUACCUUUGGACGGUCUUCAGGCCGGCUACAGACACAUCUCUUUAAAGACUGAAGCAAACUUCCCGAUGGCGUUGCCGAUGCUCUUUUGCAACAUAGAACUGAAGAUUUAUGUCCCCGAUGGAUUCGAAGAUUUUAUGGCUGCCUUGUCGGAUCCGGGUGGUUUUAGCAAGGCUAGUGAGAAGCAGAGCGAAACGAUGAAGGGGCUCGGAAUAGAACAGACGGAUGCCAAGGCUGAAGCUAAGAAGAAGAAGGAGGAAGAGACAAAAAGGGAGGAACUAAAAUUGGAACCUGUCACGCUAGAAUUCUUGAAAAAAGAAAAAGGUUUCAAACCCGGCAAAAAGCAUCAGAAAGAAUUGGAUGCCAUGAGAAAAAAGCAUAUGAAGGAAAGACAAACCAUGCAGAAGAAUCAUUGCAGUGCCAUCGAGAAGCUAACUAAAGGAAAAGACAAAAAUUCGUUGGCGCAAGACGCUAAUGUGAAGAAAGUUAUAAGCGAACAAACGGCUCAAUGGUCCGCUAUGAUGGAGAAGCAGAGGAAGGAGGAAUGGGAAUUAUUGAAGAAUCAAACGCAAGGCUCUCGUGACGAAUUAAAGAGACUGAUCGAGGUCGUGCAAGCCACACAAGUUAAACAGAUGCAGGCGAAACACGACAAAGACGCUAAGGAAAUGAAUGCCAAUCAAGCGAAAAUAUCUGUGGAAACGGCGAAAGAGAUAAUGAACGACAAGACUUUGAAAACGAAGGGUGACAAGGAUAGGCGGCUUCGUGAAAAGAAGCAACAAAACACAAAGAAAUUUAUGGAUGAGAGAAAAACUAUGGAGAUCAAGCAGGGUCGUGAAAAGGAAAAGCUGAAGGUUACGCACGAAAAACAAGUGGCAGAUUUGGACAAGGAUAUCGACGCGGUAGGCCUAUGCGUAGUGAUAAAAAUUUGCUGUAACAAAUAUGCUAAUUUUUUAAAUAAAAGAAGAUGCCGAGUUCUUUGCAAUUGGAUUACAGGGACCAAUAUUAGCAUUCUAUUUUUUUCUUGCUUUUAGAGUAAGCAUUUUUAAUUAUAGUUUCCUGUUCUGAAAUUUGAUUCUGUUUUACAUUACGAGUGAAGAAAAAAAUCACGAUAUUAUUAAAUAUUUUGUUGUAUUGUCCAACAUCUAUGAAUAGAGAAGAUAAAUAAUUAAUUAGUAGUACAUAAUAAAUAAUUGAAUAAAUAAUAAAGAAA